AUGAAGGCCUCGAUCAUCUCCGUUAUCUCCUUCGCCCUUGCCGUUGCGGCCCUGCCACCAACUGAGCAUUCGGGCAAGCAGGGCAAGUAUUCGAUCAUCAAAUCCGAAGAACAAUGCCAAGGGGGAAACGUCUCUUGCUGCUCCCCUAAGUCAGAGGAUACCGACAACGUUCUACUCUCAUUGCUCGAUGGGCUUAAUGUUCUGGGUGUCAAAGAUUCUUAUUGUUCACCUAUUAGCAUUAUCGGGCCUCUGAACCUCGCCCUCCUAGGCACCGUCAAUGAGGAGAAGGGCAACUUUGAUUGCAAGCAUACCGUUGCUUGCUGCAAUGGCGAGGACUGCCGUCCCCUGAGUAAGAAGUACUGA